UUUGGCUACGAUCGACUCGGUGCGACAAACUUAAUUCGAAAAGGGGCAGGAAGCAUGAGAGCAUCUGGAAGGCACGUGUAGAAGUUGAGUAAACUUCAACCGUUGUGUCAGGAAGUAUCGAUCGUGUCAUCUCAACCCCUCCCACAACUUCAAAAUUUUCAACACUAUGGCCAUCGAUGCCCCUGGUUUCUUUCGCCUUCAACCCCCAUGUCGCAUUGAAGUUUUUAAUCCAAAUUUUUUCGUACUUUGAUCAUUAACUGAGUUGGUGUCUGGUUGCAUUUACACUUACGUACGGGUCCUCCGACCACUGAAGUCAUGAUAUUGGGAUCGACGCGUCGUCAUCGAAGGCGUAUGCCUUAUUCCGAAAGGGACGACGAUGUCAUCGCAAACGUAAACCAUAGCACCAAUGACGAGAGAAGUCCCAGCCCUGAUAUAAGCAAUCCUGCGAAACGAUCCGGGACACACAAUUUGAAUAGGAAUGGCUACCAUGAAGAUAAGUGUCGAAACGUGCUUGUAAGAUAUUGCGCUCAUGUCCCAAGGAACUAUCAAUAUAAGGACGGUAUCCAACAGAUCUUUCUCAUUUUGCGUGAACAUCUUGGCGACGAGAAUCUCGAUCUUGCAGGUGGUGUAUUGUAUGAGUUGAUCGAGGUUGACUGUGAUCAUACGGAUGAUCCAGGCGCAGCAUUCCAGCGAUGGAAGUAUGAUCACCUACGUAGAUAUGCCGACCUCGAACUUCCUCAUGUCCCACAUAUGACCACUAUUACUUCAACGAUUAUUCCCACACAGAAGCUUGCGCAAUGGCGACUGAAGCAUUCAAGAAGAUAUCCCUUCGUGUUGUCUGACUCCUCCGCCUCAAUCGAAAGAGCGUCGUCUAUUGACCCUAGCUGUAUACGCCACCGGAAGACAUGGCUUAUUGAUCACACUCUAUAUAUCUCAUCUAAGGGUGACGGUACUCGCCCAUUAAAUAGUCCGAAUCCCAAGGAAUUCCACGAGAAGCAAUGGAGCCAUGAAUAUGGCGCUCGAGGGAGGCUUAUAGAAGAGCGAGAGGUACCGAUCAUCUCGCAGGAUCGCCCAAGCAAUAUUCCCCCACCAGGAACUACGGACCCUCUCCUAGAUAAUUCGAUCUAUUUCAAAAGACUCCGCCGUUACUACCAUAAAUUUGGCAUCUUCGAUAAACUCAAGAGGAAGAUUUGUGUGCGCAGCCUGAAGCCUGAAGUAGAACAGAGACGGCACAGUUGGAUACCAGGGGGUUUGAUGUUCGAAUCAAGUUUCCGGGGUAAGCUAACAGGACCUGAGAACAUUAGUACUCACCCUUUUCCAGAAGGAUGCGAAAUACCCAAUGCAAUAUUUGCCAGGAAAUAUCUCCUGAUCGAGACUAGCGAGUCGCUGCCCUUAGCGCUAUCUGUAAAACAGAUGCCCACUGCUGAAUCAAAGGCCAUCGACACUAUUGUACAAGCUGUGAUGGAUGGAUCGUUAAUCAAAGCGAAUACCUGGUCGUUUCGUGGUCCCUUCACGCCACAGCUUGGAUUUGAUGGGGGAUUGGACUACCAGUGGAGUCCUCGGGAACCAAUCACCACCUUCAGGUUUGACCGGAAUGUUUCAGAUCAAGAAGAUGCUGGUGAACUUGGCUUCGAUGAUCGAUCUGAAGGGUAUGAACUGGAUAUUAUUGAGGAUUACGCAGACCCUCAAGGAACAUCAACCAAAAGACAAGGGAUGGUCUUCGGCUCAGGGUCGGGGGGUGGUAGUAAGGGUGUCGUCCAAAAGCAAGAGUCUACUAAUUACACGACUUCAAACAUUUCUAUAUCCGAUAACCAAGGAAAAGACAUACCUAGGGUCUUAAGUAAUGCAGUAUAUACGCCGAUAGCACGCGAUCAAGUUCCAUCGUCGAGCUCUCGCCUUGGCUUGCCACUCUCGGAAUCAAGCCAGGCGAAGUUAUCCCCUACAGAAAGGAGUAGGCGCGGUGCGCGCCGUAAAGAUCCUUUGCUCUUCAAGAACGUCGAGUUUACCACGCCGACCGAACUAGAUACUUCAACUUCGAAUCGAAAAAUCACGGUGAUUGAAAUAUCACCAAAUAAUUCCCCGCAAGUACCCAACCGUGGCUUUACUAGAUGAUGUGAAUGAUAGGCGGGGACUUUUGUCUGUAAUGGUGAUGCAGAGAGAGAAUAAUGGAUGUUUAAUGAAUCGGCGAUUGUGAGGUUCCCCCCUUAUUCUUUUUGGAACAUCCUAGGGGCAGUUAAUCCAUUGAGCCCUACCGAAAAGGUGUAAACGGUUGAGCAAAGCAGGGAGCCUGGAAGUCUAAUAUGUACUGGAACUGCGUAGUGUUAAUUAUGUAGGCAGGUACGGCGCGUAUUUAUAUCGAGAAUAAGG